AGGGAAGGGAAGGGGGGGUCCAGCAUGUCCGUAAGCCCCAGCAGACACUCUCGCACCCCCUUCUCCGUCACCGACAUCCUGCACGGCCCAAUGGAGGACGUGUACCGCAGGUUCGAGCCGGGCCCUGCAGGUACCCUGUACCGCUACCAGCAGCAUCAUCAACAUCAUCAUCAUCAGCAGCAGCAGCAGCAGCGGCACCAGCACCCGCCGCAACAGCAACUGCAACUGGCCGCCGCCGCCGCCGGGUCUUCCGGCGCCGCAGCCUACAACGUGCAGCACUUUUCGGGCUCUCUCAGCGGGGGGUUCUGCGGAGGCGGCGCCGCCGCCGAGAUGACGGCCUACCAGGACGGCACCAGGGCGGCCUGGUACAGCGUGCCCGAAACAAGAUACGCGCCAAUCUCCCGGUUGGUGGGCUCCUGCGGCGGCGGCGGCGGCGGCGGGACGACGGCCUCGGACGGCGGCAAGUCGGCGUGGUCGGCCCCGCCUCGGCGGAAGCGGCGCGUCCUCUUCUCGCAGGCCCAAGUGCUGGAGCUGGAGCGCCGCUUCAAGCAGCAAAAGUAUCUGUCGGCCCCGGAGAGGGAGCACCUGGCCGCUCUCAUUCACCUCACCCCCAACCAAGUGAAAAUUUGGUUCCAGAACCACCGCUACAAGCUCAAGCGGCAAGUCAAGGACAAGGCGGCCGGCGGAGGCGGAGGAAACGACGACGGCGACGGCGACGGCGACGACGACGACAACGACGGAGGCCAAAGACAGGCCGGCCCCGGCCGCACUUCGUCGUCCCAGGCUCCUCCGACGUUAGCCAAGGCCGCCAGGCCGAGUAGGCGAGACUCCGAGCCGGCACCGGAGCGGCCCGACGAGGCGCUACUCGACUACACCGGCGGCGGCGCGUUCGCUUCCUCGACGGGCUCCGCUUUGCUCUACGGGAGAACUUGGUAG